UAUGUCUCGCUAAAAUCUGACCGGAUGCGCUCGCAAGAACACAGUUACCAAAGAUGGCGAAACAUUGAUAACAAAAAGCAAUAUAUUCUUUACAAAUAGUAUUAUUUCGUGAUUAAGCUGCUGGAAAAAACGUUUAGAAUCUAUAUAGAUUAAGCAAUUGUGCCCGGUUAGAAAAAAACGAGGGUUUACAAUGACGGAGAUGAGUGUUUUACAUCAACGGUUAAGCUCCGUCAUGGACAUUCUAGCCUCCGCUGCCGUGACAGAGAUUUGCAAAUUAGUAGAGGAUUGCUGUGGAGCGUUAAGUGUAGAAGUCUUUCAAGGCAAAGAGCAAAUCAAAAUGCUAGAGAAGCAACUCAGCCUGACUGAGUCGAGGUAUAGGUCGAUGAGUGGCAUAGAAGGGCAGACGCUUGUUACCUGUGGUUCAUCGAGAACCAACAGUCCUUCGGGCAAUUCCCCCGCGGCUGAUGCUGAAGACGAAGAUUUCCAGCAGUUCAUUGUCUCUGAAGAGGAGUUUCCCCCUGAGCAGCAGCAUUAUAAGCAGGAGUGGAGCCCCAGUCUGGGGAAAUAUAAUUGGAACCCCAUAGAGAUUAAAGAGGAAGAGGAGGAAUUCAGUGUCAUCCAGGAGGAAGAAGAUUCUGUAUUCACUCCUGCCUGGGUGAAAAGUGACUAUGAUCAGUACCCAACUCAGUCCUCACAAACCCAAAGUGAAGAAUACAAAGACAGAAUGGCCUCAACAGAACAGAUCAAAACAGAACCUAAGCAAGAUGAUUCCUCAGAGACAACCAGUGACUCUCAUCCCCAGUGCAAAUUAAAGAAGACAUGGACAGAAAAAGGACAAAGCUCGAAUGGUAGAAAAUCCAUGGAUCUGAAAUCACCAGUAGAAAGGAGACACACAGAAGAGAAAUCAUUUUGCUGUAGUGAUUGUGGUGAAUGUUUUUCUCAGAUGGGAACACUGGAUUCUCAUAUGAGGACCCACACACGGGAUAAAUCGUAUCACUGUCAGGAUUGUGACAAAGUAUUCACUCGGAUUGACUGCUUCAAAUUGCACAGGAAGGCCCACACAGGAGAGAAACCGCACCGCUGUGGUGAAUGUGGCAAAUGUUUUUCUCAAGUUGGGUAUCUGAACUAUCACAUAAAGACUCACACAGGGGAGAAACCUCAUCGCUGUCAUGAUUGUGGCAAAUGUUUCUUUCGAGUUGGUGAGCUGACACUUCAUAAGAGGAUUCACACAGGCGAGAAACCACAUCGCUGCCAGGUCUGUGGCAAAUGUUUUGCUCGUCCUAGUAAUCUGAGUUCUCACAUUAGGAUUCACACAGGGGAGAAAUCUUAUAGCUGUCAUUACUGUGGCAAAUAUUUUCGUCAUAAAGGUAAUCUGACAACACAUAUGAGGAUUCACACGAGGAAAAUCACAUCAUUGUCGCUAUAGUAGCAGAUCUUUCAGCACUGGCGGUAGUCACAUGAGUUCAUGAGGAUAAUCACAUGAACGAUAAACUAUAUUGCUGUCAGGAUUGUUGUAAAUAUGAAACUAAUUGUUUGAAUCUGAAUUGACUGGGGAGACGGAGAGGAAGCGACCACAUUACUGCCAUGACUAGAAAAUAUUUAAUGACUGCCUUUGUUUGACAUUGUGUAUGAGCCAUUCACACGGGAGGAAUCUUACAAGCGUCUGUCAAAUGCUUAAGUGCCAAAAGUGUGUUGAAUUGUCAUCAGAAUAGACACUGAAAAUAAACUAUUUAGGUCAAGUCAUGAUUGCUUCAAAACAAAGCAAUGCUUAAGCGGAUACAUGGACAUCAGUCAGACGAUUGAGUCACAUUUUGUAACUUCCACCUGUGAGUGGAGAUACGGUUCUUGGGUGAAUAAUAUACUCUUGUCUUUUGCUUUUUGUAAUACUACAAAUAGUUACUAUUGUUCAUAGUUUUAUACUUGAUUACAUUGUAUAGUCAUCUUUAACUUUCCAUGUGAACCCUGCACAAUAUCUGUCAAAUAAUUAAUCCAACGAUAGUGAUACGAUUAUUUUGAUCUGAUAAAGCCUACGUUGAUGCAAGCUGUAAUCGAGUCCAGCUCAACCGGUCACUUGAACUGGUCCAAUUGAAUCCAUUAGAAACCAUUAGAUUCCAGUUCAGCCCACGAGACACCAGUAACCAUUCUAUACCUGAACUAACUGGAAUUUCCCCUAGGGAAUUGAUGCAUUGUUUAUGUACGCAUGUAUGAUACCUACUUAAGUGUGUUAUUGUGUGUUUUGCCCCCUAUAUAGUACUGUCUUCCUUGUAUGUCAUGAUAAAACAUUUUAUGGAAAAGUUAUAGAAUGAUUUCUUGAAAAGAGUGGGAGCCCUGUUAAAAAGACCAAAAAUUACUUACAUGCUGACCAGACCGGAUACGUCGCGUGCGCGAGCGUCGUAAAAUAAAUGUAGAAAUCCAUGUUAUUCAAUUAUUGCACCCACACUGCUUGCACGCGCCAACGAGCGUCUGCGAUGCCAAGGGCUAAAAUAGAAGUCGUUCCUAUUUCUGACGCAGAUCGCGCUGAAAGUCAUCUCCUCAUUGGUUUAUAGAAGCAGGUACCCAUGUGCCAUCUCCUCAUUGGUUAUACCCACGUGGGUGACUGAAAGACGAACUUUGUUGCCAUGGUAAUACAAUGAAAGUUUAGAUGCGAUCACCAUAUAAGUUCAAAGGUGAAAAAGCCUGGAAGGAGGAGAGAUGACUAGAAACUAUUCGGUUGGCCGUUUUAUGUGUGGAUUAAUUGUCGGUGUAGAAGUCAUUGUGCAUUUCAGGUAAAAUAACAACUCAAUGUUUAUAUCCCAGGACAAAUUAGCUAGCAACAGCAAGCUAGCUAAAUAGGACAAAUUAACAUUAGCUAGCAAGUGCAAGCUAGCUAGCUAAAUUGCCAUACAUGUUUAAUGCUUUUUGACCUGUCCCCAAAUUAAUGUCAUUGGUUCAGAGUUUGUUUUGAUAUUUUAACCUGCGUGUCGUGAUCGCGUUUGGUGUGGGGGGGGCAAAAUAAAUGUAUGUAAGUUAGCGCACGAUUGCUCACGAGCGCAGCCGGUUUGGGUUCCGUGUUAGAGGUCCAUGUGUUUUAUGACUAGUAUAAGAUAUGUUGAUAAUACAAUAUUUUAGCCUUUAUUAUUAAUUUUACAGUUUCACUUGACAUGACUAACUUUGAAAUAAUUACACUUGACCUGGAAGCGCUUCAUUACUCUUGUUGGCUUCACAGGUGACAACAUGAGCUAGCUAUAGGCGUUAUCUGAAAAAUGUCUAAAUUGGAGUUGAGAGUGAUUUUUAACCAACGAUGUUGAUUUAUGCCUAGGAUUUCUUUUAUGUCUAGGCUACAUCUAGCAAGCUUACGCUGGGUCACUAGCAACCUGCCUCUGCAUCAUUUAUAGCCUGAACAGCCGCUAGUGGUCGCUGCAAGGUUAUUUUAGUUUUGUGAUUUAAUAUUAGUUUUUUAUUUUGAUUAGAAAUUCAGUUUAGUUAGAGUUCGUUUUUAGACUCGAUUUGCUAGUUUUUUUUUAAUUUUUAGUUUUGAUAGAAAUUUUUAUUUUGUUUUUAUAUUUAGUUUGUGUUAGGGACAGAAAGUAGCCUAUGUGUGGGAGGCUAGGAGACAUUUGUUGUUGGCCCAUAGUUUGUUUUCUUAGGAUGUCACUUCUUGCCACUGGGUGCUGUACUACAUAAGGUGAUGGGCCUGGACCAUAGACAUCUCUGUGUCACGAUGGCAUCUGUGAGAGAAUGGGCAGUGCCUUUGAGGCCAUCUCAUCUUAAAAAGUCUAUUUUCUUCUUCACGAGUCAAAUUCCUAGGCUCCUGAUGACCCGGCUGUCAGGACUCCAACCGGGUCGUCAGGUCAUGCCAAAAAGGUCAACAGGAGGGAACAGACAAUGAAUUGGGAAGUCCCGGCGAGUUGACAAAAGCAAAAUGGCGGAAGUCCUCAAUGGCACUGCCCGUGCUAACACAGGCUUUUGGCCAGUAGAGACAAGUAUUCCGACCCUUUACUCAGUACUUUGUUGAAGCACCUUUGGCAGCAAUAACAGCCUCGAGUCUUCUUGGGUAUGAAGCUACAAGCUUGGCACACCUGUAUUUGGGGAGUUUCUCCCAUUCUUCUCUGCACAGCCUCUCAAGCUCUGUCAGGUUGGAUGGGGAGCGUUGCUGCACAGCUAUUUUCAGGUCUCCAGAGUAGAGGUCGACCGAUUUAUGAUUUUUCGAUACCGAUUAUUGGAGGACAAAAAAAGCCGAUACCGAUUAAUCGGCAAUUUAUUUAAAAGAAAUAAUAAUAAUUAUAUAUAUAUAUCAUACACACACACACACAUUUUUGUAAUAAUGACAAUUGCAACAAUACUGAAUGAACAAUGAACACUUAUUUUAACUUAAUAUAAUACAUAAAUACGCACACAGCUCUGAAGUGACAAUGAUACUGAAGAGUCUGCUUAGGAGACAAAUAUUCUCGACUGUUUGAAUAAAAAUAGAGUUUAAGUUACCUGUGAUGAAUGUUGAAAACAAAAACUUUAAUUUCUAUAUGCAGGAAAUCCUUUUUUAAUAAUGGGCAUGGUAAGAAUUGACAACCAAAGUGCGAGUCAUAAUUCCCAUGACACCUAGCAAAAUCUGAAAAGCGGUUCCUUCAUUUAUUCCAUAGGAUAUUUUUAGAUUCACUUAAAAUAAGGUCUGUGUUUCGUGUAGGCUUACAUCACCGUGCCAAUUUUAUAACUGUGUAGAUAUCUAUAGGACAAGGUAACUCUGAUCAAUAUUGGCUAAAUAUAAGCGAAGAUAAAAAAAAUAGAGUGGAUUUAUGAAAAUAUGUUGACAAACGUUACCUUAUCCUAGUGAGAUUUACACGGGUAUCAAAACGUCGAGGCGGUUUAAGCCUGCACGAAACACAGACCUUAUUUGAAGUAGAUCAAGACAUUCUCUAUGGAAGACAUGAACGGUAAAAUAACAAUAACCCUUCCAAAUUCAGCCGCAAGUUAUUACAGGAAUUAUAACGCGUUGACUAUUUCUCUCUAAACCAUAUACCUUUGACUAAUCCGGAAACUAUCACCUCGAAAACAAAACGUUUAUUCCGUUCCGUAUUUUAUCUAACGGGUGGCAUCCAUGAGACAUUGCACAACCUUCAAUGUUGUCAUAAUUAUGUAAAAUUCUGGCAAAUUAGUUCGCAAAGAGCCAGGCGGCCCAAACUGUUGCAUAUACCCUGACUCUGCGUGCAAUGAACGCAAGAGAAAUGACACAAUUUCACCUGGUUAAUAUUGCCUGCUAACCUGGAUUUCUUUUAGCUAAAUAUGCAGGUUUAAAAAUAUAUACUUGUGUAUUGAUUUUAAGAAAGGCAUUGAUGUUUAUGGUUAAGUAAACAUUGGAGCAAUGACAGUCAUUGAUUGAUUGUUUUUUAUAAGAUAAGUUUAAUGCUAGCCAGCAACUUACCUUAGCUUACUGCAUUCGCUAACAGGCAGGCUCCUCGUGGAGUGCAAUGUAAUCAAGUGUUAGAGCAUUGGACUAGUUAACUGUAAGGUUGCAAGAUUGGAUCCCCCGAGCUGACAAGGUUAAAAAUCUGUCGUUCUGCCUCGUUCCUAGGCCAUAAUUGAAAAUAAGAAUGUGUUCUUAACUGACUUGCCUAGUUAAAUAAAGAUUAAAUAAAGGUGUAAAAAAUUAAUAAAUACAAAUAAAAUAAAUAAAUAAAAAAUGGCAAAUCGGCGCCACAAAAUACCGAUUUCCGAUUGUUUAGAAAACUUGAAAUCGGCCCCGAUUUAAUCGGUCGACCUCUACUCCAGAGAUGUUGGAUCGGGUUCAAGUCUGGACUCUGGCUGGGCCACUCAAGGACAUUCAGAGACUUGUCCCGAAGCCACUCAUGUGUUGUCUUGGCUGUGUGCUUAGAGUCUUUGUCCUGUUGGAAGGUGAACCUUCGACCCAGUUUGAGGUCCUGAGCGCUCUGGAGCAGGUUUUCAUCAAGGAUCUCUGUACAUUGCUCCGCUCAUCUUUGCCUCGAUCCUGACUAGUCUCCCAGUCCGUGCCGCUGAAAAACAUCCUCACAACAUGAUGCUCCCACCACCAUGCUUCACCGUAGGGAUGAUGCCAGGUUUCCUGCAGACGUGAUGCUUGGCAUUCAGGCCAAAGAGUUCCAUCUUGUUUUCAUCAGACCAGGGAAUCUUGUAUCUCAUGGUCUGAAAGUCCUUUGGGUGCCUUUUGGCAAACUCCAAACGGGCUGUCAUUGCCUUUUACUGAGAGGUUACUUCCAUCUGGCCACUCUACCAUAAAGGCCUGAUUGCCCGAGUGAUGCAGAGAUGGUUGUCCUUCUGGAAGGUUCUUCCAUUUUCAGCGGAAGUCUGGAGCUCUGUCAGAGUGACCAUCGGGUUCUUGGUCGCCUCCCUGACCAAGGCCCUUCUUCCCCGAUUGCUCCGUUUAUGGCCAAGCCCCCAGCUCUAAGAAGAGUCUUGGUACUUCCAAACUUCUUCAAUUUUUAAGAAAUAUGGAGGCCACCGUGCUCUUGGGGACUUUCAACGCUGCAGCCAUUUUUUGGUACCCUUCCUCAAAUUUGUUCCUCGACACAAUCCUGCCUCGGAGCUAUAUGGACAAUUCCGUCAACCUCAUGGCUUGGUUUUUGCUCUGACAUGCACUGUCAACUGUGGGACUUUAUAUGGACAGGUGUGUGCCUUUCCAAAUCAUGUCCAAUCAAUUGAAAUUACCACAGGUGAAACAUCUCAGGGAUGAUCAAUGGAAACAGGAUGCAGCUGAGUUCAAUUUCGAGUCUCAUAGCAAAGGGUCUGAAUACUUAUGUAAAAAAGGUAUUUCUGUUUUAUUUUUAAUACAUUUGCAAAAAUGUCUCAUCUAAAAACCUGUUUUUGCUUUGUCAUUAUGGGGUAUUGUGUGUAGAUUGACGAGGGGGGUAAACUAUUUAAUACAUUUUAGAAUAAGGCUGUAAUGUAUCAAAAAAGUCAAGGAGCCUGAAGACUUUCCCGAAUGCACUAUCACUGACUAACCCCUUCAAAUAGGGUUAAUAAAAAUAAAACAACACUUCUUCACAAAUCUAACAGUUCACAGCCAGCCUGUGUGCGUGUGUGUGUUCACCCAAACAUGAUUUUCUGGUUGAUCAAAUCAAAGUUUAUUGGUCUAUACACAGAUUUGCAGAUGUUAUCGCAGGUUCAGCGAAAUGCUUGUGUUUUCAGCUCCAGUAAUACAUAAUCCAGUUAUGCAUAAUCCAGUAGGAAUUAAGAAAUAUCAGAACGAGCAAUGUCAGAGACUGGACUAUAAAUAUAAUGUAUAUACACUGAGUAUACAAAACAUUAAUAACACAACAUUUCUAAAUAUAUAAUACCACUUUGACAUUAUGGGGUGUUGUAUGUAGGCCAGUGAACAAAAACAAAACUCGCAAUUCUAUCAAUUUUAAAUCCAGGUUGUAACAACAAAAUGUGGGGGGAAAAGUCAAGGGGUGUGAAUAUUUUCUGAAGGUAAAUCCAUAUACUUUUCCAAAUACUUUUCUUUCUGCAGGUGAAUCCAGGUGAAAGCUAUGAUCCCUUAUUGACGUCACAUGUUAAAUCCACUUCAAAUCAGUGUCGAUGAAGGGGAGGAGACAGGUUAAAGAAGGAUUUUUAAGCCUUGAGACAAUUGACACAUGGAUUGUGUGUGUGUGUGUGCCAUUUGGAGGGUGAAUGGGCAAGACAAAAGAUGUAAGUGCCUUUGAAUGGAGUAUGGCAUUAGGAGCCAGGCAUACCGGUUUGAGUUGGUCUCCUUGUAGACUAAGAUAUGUGUGGUAAUGACUGAUUAAAUAAAUUGCCUAUCGUGUUA